AUGAUGUGUUUGCCGUCAAAUGGUAUUUUCACGCUAUUGCUGGUGACAAACAUACCUACUGGAGCUUGGAAAGAUUUCCUUGGAGCAACAUUGUCAGAUUCAUCUUGGUAUGAACUAAAAACCAGAACUUGCUUUCCAGAUCUAGCAAUUUACAGUCUCAUCGAUACUCCAGCAUCAUGGAUAGCAUCUGGCACGUUGGUUGAAUUUGAACCAACGACACAAUUUUGUUCUAUACAGCAGUCGCCUCAAUCAUGCUUAGCUGCAACAACAUCCAAUUUUACAUGUUACUGGUGUCAGACAGUUGACAAAUGUAGCAAUGGUUACGAUAGGUAUGCUGCAAUCUGGAAAGAUAAUGUUUGCUAUAGUAACAAAGAAAUCCUAGCAAAUCCAACUGGCAAAUCUGGAUGGUACCCGCAUAUUGUUAUUCCAACCAUCGGUUUGCUUGUCACUGUCAGCAUCGUCUGCAUCUUGGCGUUAUGGAUAUACAGGAGAAAAUCAAAU